AUGCCCUGCUCCCCGAUAUCACCGGUGGCGGGCAUAACAUUAGAAGCCCUUGAGUUAUAUCGGGUGGCGCACCUCAGGAACCCUCACUUGUCAAUCCAAGCCUUUGUCAAAACGAUAUGCGAUUUACACGGGGUGGAAUUCCAUCGGCACAUCUCACGUCAAUUUUCAAUUGCACUUGACAUAUAUCUUCAAAUCAGACGGGUUGUGGCCUCGCUCAUCAACAAAUCCCUCCGACGCGACUCGCCUGACUGGCGCCUCAAACAUGCAUGCCCUGCAUGCACUUACACGCUAACUGACGAAGAGAAGCUACACUUCAAGAUUCUCUAUGCUAUGGACGGGAACGACUCAUUGAAACGAAUUCUGCGACGCUCGCUUGAUGACGACGAUGACUCUCUUGGUCUAUCGUCCAAACUUCCCACUGGCCAGGUACUCGUUAGUGACCGUUACCUAUCUCGUAACUUUGUAGAGCAGUUUGCACAGGAUACGCCAUGUGAUACGGGAGCCAAUAGUCUGGCAGAGAACUCAUGCGAAGGCCGGUUGGAAAAAUAUGGACGAUGCGAGACAAAAAAGCUUGGGGUAUUUAUGACGAAAACUGGUGUCUUCGUCGCCGUAUGCCGCCACGGCUUUUGUUUACUUAUCGCAGACAUGGUGCAGAGCGGGGAGCGGUAUUCUACAGUGCAAAAAUACCCCUUGGCUAUUGUUGCCAAGCUGCUAGAUGCAUUUGGCGACGAUUUGGGCGGUGGCUAUGACAUCGGCUGUCAGUUUCAGACUACUCUUGACAACAGCUCUCUUGGUCCCCCUUGGGCGCGCUCAUUACAUCAUAGUUUGCCUGGUUGGCGCCUUUUUUCAUUAACAACUUACAUCAAAGGCAUUGGUAUCGAAGAUCUGGAGACUUGUGAGCGGACGUUCUCCAAGUCAAACUCCCUUGCAUCGGCUCUACGGUAUACUAGCGUUUUCCAUUGUCAACAGGCUAUCGAUUCAUAUUUCGAGCAUAACGACGAGCUCGAGGUAUAUGGCAAUCUUUCAAAUUUCUUGCAUGGUAACUACAACCAAGCUCUCGAGAUCAUCGCCAAUGGCGAAGCUGUCCUACCGAAGGGUCUAACACGAGAGCCUGAAGAAGAGACACUUCAAAUGGAGUACUGGCAGAGAUUAGUCAAUCUUAGUGCAAGCAAGGCAGGGAGACUCGUAGCUAAUAGAAAGUAUCAACGUGCCUUGGACCGUUUGGAAGGUUUGGUCGUGGCUCGCAUUUUCGAACUUGCGAAGAUGAAUAGGGCGGGGACAGGGGCCUUGCAGACGCGCUCUGCCGCCAUCAGGUCCGCCCUCAACACAUACAACAACCUUGCCAGUGCGGUGUACCCUCCCCGGCAAAUACUCAAGUGGGAGGAUGUUGUCGAGUACGCCUUUCUCGCUGACUUCGAGCUGCUACGAAAGACGCGCUCCGAUGUCUCUCAAUUACCUUGGUCAUCACCAGCAGCUCGGAGUGGGAUGGAUCUUUAUUUUAAAAUGUGUCGAGCACGCGAGGAGAUUUGUCGUCUGAAUAUCGAGGUUCGCCGUCUAGUGACAUAUAUACGAGAUGAAGAUAAGUAUUUGCGGGUGUGCGAAGAUCGACUCACAGUUGCUAACCCUGCCCUUGCCCAUCAAAUCGCUAUACAUCGGAACAUUCGUGGCCGGUUCAACUCCCGCCAUAUCAAGCGGCUCAAUGAUAUCUCAAAGCUUCCCGGCUUCAAUGGUACACUCGUCCCUGGUCUAAGUGCUUGCACCGGUAUCGGGGAGAGUGCCAGCAUGCCAGAUCCUCUGAUUCCCGCCAACGUGUUUGCUGCCCAUAUACCUGCACACAACCCUUCAUCCCCUAUAGGUGCGGAUACUCAAGAGGAUUUAGAUGAGGAGGAGAUCGCAGAGGAGGUCGCAGAAGAAGCCUCGAGGAGUUUGCAGGACAUUAUCACCAUCACCGCUGACUUCUCACAGCUCCAGGUUGUUGACAAUGGUGAAGUAGAGGAGUAG